AGACACACUGGUUCCAAGUUUAGCCGACUUGACGGUGCUGCAGGAUGUUUUAGUACGCUUUUGAUCGCAUUUCUACGACAACUGCCACUCUGGACGGACUCGAUUUCGGUGCGGAUUGUUUUGUUUGCCGUGAUCUUCCGAGAAGUGCUGCGCCAAGGCCGGGUAACGGUGGUUCUUCGGGACCCAUCAGCGAAGGUAGUUUCGGUGCUCUUUACGGGAGGGCACUAAUUAGUUUUCAUAUAUUUUACAUACAACUUCGUGCGGUUUGUGUGUCCAGCUUUGUGACCUCUCCCCCGGGGAGAAUUCCGCUCGGGUACUAGUCGUAUUCGGUUGUGCACUAGUUGACAAGGGUCUACAAAAUGUCGUAGCGAUUUCGCGAAACCAUGAACUUUAAGCGGUACACUGUUCGUAGUUGAAAACCGCUUGCACGAUUCGGAAACGAUCUAUCCUCACAGAUCUUCACUGACAGGAGCGGACGGACCGAGCUGGAGCACCGAUCGUCAGUGAGCAUCAACCACCGGGACAGUUAAGACCUGUUGUUUUAUUUCGCAAUCGAUAUAAAGUCGAGCGAUCGUAGGAAGUGCAUCGCAGUUCACGCGAACAGUGCCAGAAGAGUCUUGUAAUCAAAUUCAUCAGUGUAACCUGUUCGAGUAUAAUGUCUCGAUUCGUGCAAGUGCUUGUUCUGGUGGCCUUCGUGUCGAGUGCGUUGGGACAGAGCACCUCCAACGACGCCAGUACGGUAUCUCCUCAAGAUAUCUACGAUCUUUCCGACGAUGACUUCAAACUGUGGCUUUCCGGACGACAACCAAAGGCUUGGGACGCAGGAUCUUCAAACAGUAAUCCGUCAACUACCACGACUACUCCACGAACGACAUCGUCCGCAUCCGUUUUCCGAACAACCACUAGUGCGACGACACCAACUCCUCCCAGCUUCCUGACCACCAGCACUACCAUUAGACCAACGGAUGGAAAGUCUUGGUUCGAGGAGGAAGAAACAGUCACGUCCCAACCGGCAGCGCUCGGUGAACAGUUUAAACCGGCCGGUGAAGACUUUGCCCAAUGGCUCGAACGUCAAAUGCACCGCGUGCAGGAGGUAACGUUCGUUCCGCAGACGACCUUGACGGGAGAUCAACUGGCGGGAGCGGGACUCGUCACUCGUUUGACAACGAUUCGUAACCGAAUCCCAGCAACUACCUUCCAUCCGGCGCCAGAGUCAGAUUUCACUCCAGUUACCACCCCAAAUCCGCCGACCGCUGCUCCCGCCUACUUACCGACAGAGCAACCUGUUAUUUCUCCCGCUGCUGCUCCAGGAACUGUCGAUCUACAGCAAUGGCUUCGCGAUCAGCUACAAACCUCUCAACGUCUGGCUGAUAAUCUUCUUGCCCAGUGGGGAGCUAGUGGUUCGAUCCUCCGUUCGGAUGGCCAACAUUACACACCAAAUGCUGUAUCCUACCAAACGUCUGCCCUUAUUCAUGGUCUUCAAGGUGUGUCCCACAGUGGUCAGGUUCGGAACGAACCCGUCCCUGUUGCUGUACAGCACGGCGCGUCACCCAGUGUUCCGACGAUUCGACGCGUGUUCUAUCCAGCCGGUAGUUUCUUCUACUCUCACCCUCAAGUGCCUCACUACGGUCCAUUCGUGGGCAACUACAAAACACCACUCGUCAUCAAAUACCACUAAAGAAACUGUUGUGAAUUUGUGGAACAUGCACACGAAUCUUAAAUUACUAAACGAUUGGUUAUUGGUUUUUAACAUGUUUUCUUUAACUUUAAUGUAAUGUUAUACUGGUUUGAAAUAAAAAUUUGACAA